GGUACGACAGCCUCCCUCUGCUUUGAAGAUGCUGCUUUCACCACUACUCGUGUCUCCGAAAGUGCUCCUGCAGUUCUGCAUCAGCAGCAUCCACAGCAUUUUUGCAAGCGUUUUUGCAAAAGUUUGCUCCUGGAAGAAAAAAACAGCCCGCGAGGGCGAAAGCAAGCGCCUUGCAGCUGCUGACAGAAAACAGGAGCAAAGUGGAGGAGACGAAAGUGCGACGACCCCAACGAGUGUCAAUUAUCACUUUACUCGGCAAUGCAAUUACAAGUGUGGGUUUUGUUUCCACACUGCAAAGACAUCCUUUGUGCUGCCGCUAGAGGAAGCCAAACGGGGCCUCGAACUUCUGAAGAAAGCAGGCAUGGAAAAGAUCAACUUCUCUGGAGGUGAGCCCUUCCUGCAUGACAAGGGAGAGUUCCUUGGAAAAAUGGUCCAGUUCUGUAAAGUGGACCUCCAGCUCCCAAGUGUCAGCAUUGUCAGCAAUGGAAGCAUGAUCAAAGAAAGAUGGUUCGAGAAAUAUGGAGACUACCUGGACAUCCUGGCUAUCUCUUGUGACAGUUUUAACGAAGAAACCAACCAGAUGAUUGGCAGGGCUCAAGGUAGGAAAAGCCACCUGGACAAUCUCUACAAGAUUUGCAACUGGUGCAAGCAGUAUAAAGUGGCCUUCAAAAUCAACUCGGUCAUCAACACCUUCAACAACGACGAAGACAUGACGGAGCAGAUCAACCAGCUCAACCCUGUCCGCUGGAAGGUGUUCCAGUGUCUGCUGAUAGACGGGGAAAACGCAGGAGAGACAGCACUGAGAGAGGCGGAGAGGUUUGUCAUCAGCGAAGCACAGUUUCAGGAGUUUCUGGACAGACACUCUAAUGUCUCCUGCCUCGUUCCUGAGUCUAAUGAAAAGAUGAGGAACUCCUACCUGAUCCUGGAUGAAUAUAUGCGUUUCCUGGACUGUCGCGCAGGACGCAAGGACCCGUCCAGAUCUAUCCUCGACGUCGGUGUGAAGGAGGCUAUUUGCUUCAGUGGCUUUGAUGAGAAAAUGUUUCUGAAGAGAGGGGGGAAAUAUAUUUGGAGCAAAGCUGACAUGAAGCUGGAGUGGUGAACGUCUGCUCACUGAUCUCUCCUACAUCAGAAUGCUUUUAUUUUCAUGUAAAUACUUUUAUAUUCCAUUUGAUGUUUGUUGUUGACAAUGUGUUAAAAGAACUAUUACAAGUGUUGUUUACAAAAAUGAUUAUGCAUUUUGGAAAGAUAUUUGAAAGUGUUACUAUUUAUUACAGUCCAUGUUUUAUGGCAAUCUCAAAAUAUAAUAAUUACAGAUUAUGUUUACCAGUACUUUUGUAUUGUGAGUUCUUGUGAAAGGAGUUGAGGAGCAGCCUGCAGAAGACUUUUACAGCAGCCAAUGAGCUUGUAUUUGACUAAGUGGUCACGCCGUGAGUUGGACUCAUGCAGUCACCACAGAUUCAGAAAACCAGCAGGUCUCACGAUGAGGCGGACAGGAAGACUGGUUUGCCCAAAGUCUUUGCUCGCUCCCACUUUUGUAGCUUUUGUUUGCCACAACUGGACCGAACAAAAUAUAGUGUUGAUUACAACAUUGAGAGGACAAACAGCAGCUGAGGAACUGUUUCUGUCAUGUUCCACCAUUGUUUUUGCAUUUUUGUAAAUACUUAAGACACAGUAAGCACGUACCAUGGGUCAAUUUUUGGAUGAAAUAAAUGUGGCGUGUUCUGGUU